CUGAAUUGCCUUACCCUUGUAUCAGUUCUUCGUUCUUCAACGUACCUUAAUUUCUUCUUAUCUCACAUGGCUAAGUACCAUUUAAGUGGGAAAAGUUCUUCCAUCACUGCUAUAGCCUUUCUGUUUAUCCUUCUUCUAAUCACUAAUACAGGCAAAGCAGGUGCACAAUCUGGUGUAUGCUAUGGAAGAAUUGGCAACAAUUUACCGUCCCCACAAGAAGUAGUGGCCCUUUUCAAACAAUAUGAUUUCCGAAGGAUGCGAAUCUACGAUCCAAGUCAAGAAGUCCUCGAAGCUCUGAGAGGUUCCAACAUUGAACUUUUGCUAGACAUCCCAAAUGACAACCUCCAAAACCUAGCAUUUAGCCAAGACAAUGCAAACAAAUGGGUGCAAGACAACAUCAAAAACUAUGCCAAUAAUGUCAGAUUCAGAUACAUUUCAGUGGGAAAUGAAGUGAAGCCGGAACACUCAUUUGCACAAUUCCUUGUGCCUGCAAUGCAAAACAUUCAAAGGGCCAUUUCUAAUGCUGGUCUUGGAAACCAAAUAAAAGUUUCCACUGCCAUUGAGACUGGAGCCUUGGCAGAUUCAUACCCACCAUCAAUGGGUUCCUUUAGGUCUGACUAUAGAACAGCAUAUCUUGAUGGUGUCAUCAGACAUCUAGUGAACAAUAAUACCCCAUUAUUGGUUAAUGUGUACCCUUAUUUUGCUUACAUUAACGACCCUAGGAACAUUAGCCUUGACUAUGCACUUUUUAGGUCUCCGUCGGUGGUAGUGCAAGAUGGUUCACUUGGUUACCGUAACCUCUUUGAUGCUAUGGUGGAUGCUGUUUAUGCUGCAUUGGAGAAAGCAGGAGGAGGGUCAGUGAGCAUAGUUGUGUCUGAGAGUGGAUGGCCUUCUUCUGGUGGAACAGCAACUUCGCUUGAUAAUGCAAGAACUUACAACACAAACUUGGUUCGGAAUGUGAAGCAAGGGACCCCAAAGAGGCCAGCUGGUAGACCCCUUGAAACUUAUGUGUUUGCCAUGUUUAAUGAAAAUCAGAAGCAGCCAGAGUAUGAGAAGUUUUGGGGGGUCUUCCUUCCAAAUAAACAGCCCAAGUACUCAAUUAAUUUGAAUUAGUUACUAGAAGCAUAGUGUAUAAGAAAUAAGAGCAAUGAUUCCAAAUGAAACUUCAAUAAUUGUCUUAAUUAGAAGGGGCGGGUAUAGUACUUUAUCAGCAUUCUUGAAGUCUGCAUGUACUAUUUACGAGCUAAGUUAAUUAGCUUUAAAUAAAAGUUCUCUUGUUACUACUUUAUAAUAUAUAAUCAAUAAUCUCUUCUUUUGCUAGUA